CCCUCCCCCGCCCCCUACUCACACGUCACUACGUGCAUUUCGACGAUACAAAGUUACGCGACAGCAGAGGGGUUGUGCGCUGAGAUCUAACGUUACGAUGAUCCGGUUCAAAGUCUGGAAUGCCUAAAGCAGGAUGGAUCCAUUAAGAUAUCUGAGACGUCUUGUCCCAGCUCCUAUUCUCUGGUGGCCACUUUGUUCUCAGGCACUAAACUGGACCCCAUCUGUUAGAUUUGACGGCUCUGAAGGACAGGCAGGCAGGCUGUGAAAAUAUGCCUGAAUGGAGGUCCCGGUGGCGACUCAUCCUGCUGAAUUCCAUGACCUGUGGCUUAGAGAUCUGCGUGGCAGCUGGGAUCACCUAUGUGCCACCACUGCUGCUGGAGGCAGGGGUGGCGGAGCAAUACAUGACCAUGGUUUUAGGUAUUGGGCCAGUCCUUGGACUACUAUUCAUCCCACUGAUAGGUUCUGCAAGUGAUCAUUGCAACAGCAGUUAUGGCCGUCGAUGGCCUUUCAUCUGGCUGCUGUCACUGGGUGUGCUGCUUGCCUUGAUCGUUAUCCCACAUGCAGAUGCUCUGGCAGCGUACUUCUGGGGAGGUCAGAUGCUUCAUGUCGGCCUGCUUAUCCUGGGUGUGGGCCUGCUAGAUUUCUGUGGCCAACUGUGCUUCACUCCUCUAGAGGCGCUGCUGUCUGAUCUGUACCACGACCAGGAGGACUAUAACCAGGCUUUCGCCAUGUUCUCUUUCAUGGUUAGUCUGGGAGGCUGUAUUGGGUAUUUGCUUCCUGCUCUGGAUUGGAGUCGAAGCCUGCUGUCAGUGUACCUUGGGGGGCAGGCAGAGUGCCUUUUCUCACUGCUCAUUCUCAUCUUUGUGUCGAGUGUCCUGGUCACUAUGAAGGUAUCACAGGAACCAUCACAUCCGUCUGCAUCUCUGGAGCCAAAUACCCUACAGACCGGCCGUUGGAUGCCCUGCUCAUGUUUUUACCUGCUCAGGUGCAAGUUCAGGUUGCUGAAGUCUGGUGCCCUGCUGUGCCUACUGCAGACAUGCUGGUCCAUGACACCUGCCAUCUACCGUAGCUAUUGUCAUGUGCCACGUGUGAUGCGACAGCUUUGCAUAGCACAGCUUUGCAGCUGGAUUGCGGUUAUGUCUUUCAUGCUGUUCUACACAGACUUUGUGGGUGAAGGGUUGUAUGAAGGUGUCCCCAGUGCUGCUCCAGGAACAACACUGAGACAACAUUAUGACGAAGGCAUUCGGAUGGGCAGUUUGGGCCUCUUUCUGCAAUGUGCUACCUCAACUUUCUUCUCCUUACUCAUGAGUCGUUUGGUGUGUCUCUUUGGCUCGAGGAUGGUCUAUCUUAGCAGUAUGGUGUGCUUCACCAUCUCUGCUCUUGUCAUUUGUUUGUCCAAGAAUGUGGUCUUGGUCACUACCAUGUCUGCUCUGACAGGAUUUGCCUAUGCUACCCUGCAGACUCUUCCCUACACCCUCACUUGCCAAUAUCAUAAAGACAAAGAGGUUUACAUGCCAAAAGGAAAACUUAAAACCUUAAACAAGAAUGAUGUCACCAUCACCAGGGAAUCUGUGCAUUUGAAGAUUGAUGAUCAUGGUGAGGUCUUGAACCAUAAACCUGACUGUGUCAAUGGGCACUCAUAUUUCAGCAGGGAUAUUUCAGAAUACUACACCCCACAGCACUACCAGAUUGGCCAUCCAUCUGAUUCCACAGAGCAAGAAGAUCAUGAUAAGCGUGGUGUUGGUCUGGAUUUUGCCAUUCUGGAUGGCACCUUUCUGUUGUCUCAAGUCUUUCCAACUCUCUUCAUGGGCAUGAUUGUGCAAUUUACAAAAUCUGUUACAGCUUACAUUGCCUGCUCUGCAAUUUUUGGUGCCAUUGCAAUUUGCCUUGCAAACCAUGUCAUUUUUGACCAAAAAGACUUGUAAUGCUGACUACCUAGGCAUAUCAGUGCCACAAGUGGCACUAAUGACAUUUUUAGUGGUGUACAUUAUUAUGUGAGAAUUAGUUGCUAUCAAAAGUGUUCAGCUAAUGUCACCUUACAGACACUCUGGUGUUGUAGUUUUAGUUGAUGAAGAUGUGAGUAAACAGUUGAAUACUCAUGUAGUCAUUUGGAUUAAUUGAUAACGUUGAGUUUAGUAAUAGUUCAAAUGGGAAAUCAGAUUCUGUCCCAAAAUUUUUUGAGUUUUGAGAACAUCCCAAAAAAGGGCAUUCUUGGCUGGUAAUAGUAUUUUUCUUGUACGCCUUAUAUUUUGACAGGCAUUAUUAUGCUAUAAUCCACAGGGUCUUGCCACAAGUCUUACUUUGUUUAUUAAUCUAGUAAGUCUUUUUUUCUUCUCUGUCAUCAUCAUUAGUCUGUAUAUUUACAAAGAUUACAAGUUUGUAUAAGGAUUACAGAGAUGCAAGGAAAUUGGAUCAAAUGUCAGUGAUAUUCCAAAAAGCAGGUUUAACAUAUUCUGAGAUUAACUUAAAUCUCUCUGAGCUCAGAUCAGCUGUCCUGGAACUGAAAAUUCAGUCAUUUCUGCAGGUGUGUACUCGGCAUUAAACAUACGCUUGACAACUAUAAAAAGUCAUCAACUGAAUUCUGAUACUAUUACCGCAACUCCUUUGGAGAUGUGCCAGUGACCAACAUUGGUUUUGGCACAUGCAGCACCAUAGGAACCCAUUCAUUUUUUUAGUGAAGACCCACCGGUCUUCAGGUAUAGGCUACCUCGUACGGGCAUCUUGUUUAAUCCAACCCGACCAAAUUCAAUUUGUGUAUUCUAUAUCUGGCCUUAGUCUCUCCAGAUAAUGACUCAAAGUAUAAAAAUAACAUGUUAAUUAAAAGUUUGACUAAUGCCUUUUUUAUGCAAAAACGAAAGGGUUCCUAUGGCAGAGACGCUUUGCUUUCCCCCAUUUCAAUAUGGCGGCGGUGUAUGACGUAGGAAGCUGACAUCAAGAAAACAUUAUCCCUUACAUAACUACGUUGGUAGUAAUGGCUCAUAGGAGUAGCUUUUCACUUCCCAUCAGCUGUCUUUGAAUAACAAUUAUGGAUGUGUCCAUUUUUUUUUAACCCUAACCCAUUACAGCAAGAGAAAAAAUCUCUUGAAUUCUCUUUACAUAUAGCUGCAGAUUCGAGUCCAAAGCUCAUAGCCAGCCUUUCUUUGUGUAAGCAAGCGAGCUGAGGUAAUUGGUACUAUGGUGGUUGUGAACUUUCUGUGUUGACUGUGUCAGACUCUGUGCGUGUUCACAUGAAAGGAGCAGCGUUGGAACUAUAUGAUCAUAAGCUUACUGCAGCGCUUUAAUUAAUAUCCUACACAGGUUAAUUGGUUUGAAUACAGAGUUGGGUCAUGAAAUCCUAUUCCAACAGACGACUGGAAAUGAAUGCAACUUCAAGUUCAACAGGUAAAGAAGGAAAGAAAAACAAAUGUCACAAAAGCUGCCCAGCUGUAGUAUAGGGUCAAACUCAGGGUUUGUUGAGGAAAACUUGCCAGCAAAACGGUUCUGUUCACAGUCAGUUAUUGUGGUAACUGAUAAGUUUUAAAUACCUCUCAUUCUGGAACAGAAGGUCCAGAGUUUCCUUCUUUUCAGGGUUAACAAACAGAGUUUAAAUAAAUAUCCACUUUCCCGCCAGAUCUUUGCGUUUCAAAUCCUCCUUUCUCUUAUUCCCAGAUUGGUUUGCUAUACAAGGCUCUAGACUGUGACCACGUUUUGAGUGUGCAAAUCGACAAACAUUUGACAUGAUGUUCAUGCAAGUUACAAGUGCAUGAUGAUCAGUAGGCUACACUGUUUUGGUGGUCCUCUUGUAUGAGUACUAUUAGCCGUAAUUAAUUACAAUUAGCUGUAAUAUUUAAUGCAUUGUAAAAAAAAAAAAACUGAUGGCCUAGGUUUUGUUUUGUUAUAUCUGUAUCUAUAUCCGUAGCACAGCUGAAUACACAUAUUUGCGAUUUUAGUGAGUAGCCUGCUUCGGAUGCAAUUAACCCAGCAGCCUGCACAUAACAAUUACUCUUACAGACUACAAAGCUCUCCACAGUUCCGGCCUACCGACUCAGGUCCUGGAAAAACAUUUCCCAUUCAUUUUCUCCAUUGACAUUUAGAGAAAUCCUGUCCAGACUCAGACCAACCAGCUACUGGGUGUACCAAUACCAUAAAAUAUUUGAUUUUGUUUAAAAACAUAGCCUACAUAAAAACACCAAAGUACAAGAUGCAAAGUACAGUGUUUUUCAACCAAACGAUAGUAUACCGUGCUUCCUUUUGAAUUUAAAGCCUAAUUUAUGCUUCUGCGUCGAACAACAUCAUAGUCCCCCCAGAGCCCUCUGCGUAGCUGUAUUCCCCCCUCCAAGCGCCAUCGUUCGACAUGAGCCUCCAAAGGCAGCGAUGGACAAUUUCACUGGCAGAAUUAUUGUAAGUAAGAGCUACAGCUGAAUGAGAAGUGAGUGGUUGACCUUCCUGCAGUCUCCCUUCAGUCUUACCCUAAGAGUCUGUCUCAGUGGUGACAUCUCUUUGUUUUCUCUUCUUAACUUCAAUCCUCAUUUCAAAAUAAAAGUCCAUACUUCGACUGCUACAUAGUCAUGCCUGAAAGUGUUGGCACCCCAUGCUAAAGUUGACUAAAAAGAGGAAUAUACAAUCUUAUGGAAAUUGUAAUAAUUGUAUUCUUAAGUAAUAAAAUGAGGAAAUAUCCAACCUUUAAGGACACCAAUUUUCUGUGUGAAUGAAUAAUGUAUCAUAAAUAAAUCAAUAAAUGUUUCCAAAAGAUGAUUUUAAAUUCCUCUUUUUAGUCAACUUUAGCAUGGGUGCCAACACUUUCAGCCAUGACUGUAUAAGAAAUAUGCAACAUAAACUGAUCCAGUUUUAAUGGCCUUGAUGGUUUUGGUGGAAUUAUGUAGUGGGAUUGAUGUUAAAAGUUUAAUAGAUGCUGCUAAACUAUUUGAAUUGAAAUGUGCUUAUUUUGUGUUAAUUCAACAUUAAAGGAACACUUCAUCGUGUUUUCAUAUUAACUGCAUUCCUAAUCUGGUUUUCAUCAUACUAAACUCAAUCUUUUAAGAAAGAAUCUUAUAGUCUGGGGAGGCUGCGCUUUCUUUCUACUGCACUUCGCGUCGCUUAAGUUUGUAUCGCCAAUAGUGUGCCAGGACUAGAGUAUGGCCGUUUCUAAUUGGAGCCAAAGGUUCUGGCAGUAAACAGAGGAGAUAGAUCUGCUGGUUUCCAGCCUGAGCUGCCGGGCGAGAUUAAAAUUCCCCGGAAGUUCAGGCAGGGUUCACCCAGCCUACUAUAUUCCCUUAACUAAGAAGAGUUGAUACAUACCUCUCACGUUUUAAUUCGUGCACUCACUGGCUCUGGUGUGCGGCGCUACUUUGUGAGCACUUAGCUAGCCCAGUUCAUUCAUUAGGAUCCAAACAGAAAUGAAGUUAGAAGCGAUCAAACACCUAGCCCAGGUAGCCAAAAUUGUGCGGGCCGAACGCGGCCCGAUUAAAACGAAAACACUCGGCCAAUCCUCGGCAUGAAUCUAGGAUAGGGUGACCAGACGUCCCCGGUUUCAGGGGACAGUCCCCGUUUUUGGUUGCCUGUCCCCGGGAAAAUACAGAAAAACUACCUAUGUCCCCGUUUUUUGAAUAUAAAACUUGUACGUAUUUUAGUCAGAUUGAUGGUCAAACUGAAUAUGUCCCUGUUUUUUCCACAUUUUUGGGAUUAUUUCCCCGGUUUUGGUCUCGGACAACUGGUCACCUUAAUCUAGGACAGCAUGCCUCAUUUCAUCACAUUUCCAUAAACGCGAACUGAUUGGUUUGUCAGUGUUUGAACAUUUGCAUACACUGAAUUUCAUUGGCUGGCGCUUGCGCGAUCUGUCAAAAGUUUAACAUUUCUCAACUUUUUAGCGAAGGCAACGUAUCCCAGGCUACGCAUCGGACCCACAAUUCAGUGCGGCAUCAAAUGAAGUCCAGCCAAUGUAAAGUGAAUGGGAAAACAACGGACAAGCGUGUGACUGCACCGUUACCCCGCGUUCACACUGUCCGUCAACAGAUUUCAUUGACUUUGCAUGGGGCGGACUCGAAAGGAAUUGUGGGUCCGUCCGUUCCUUCAGCUCCGCUGCCUCCGUCAAAAAAGUCGAGAAAUGUUCAACUUUUCAGGCAGCGACGGAUCCGUCAGCCAAUUAGAUCGCAGUAUGCAAAUAUACAUACGGCAGACAGGCAUUCCGAGAUCCGUCGACGGACGUAGACAGUGUGAACGCGCUAUUAGUCAGGGAAUUCCGGCGGGCUGCAUCUGAGAAAAAAAAAACACAAGAAGACGGCAUGCAUGUCAGUCGACUCCAUGUAGCACGUCUCUGUGACCGUAAUAUGCAUACGUAGUAUGAGAAAGAGACACGAGACAUUAGCCUGGUCCUGACCAUCCCAUAAUACUACCAUUUCAUUUCGUAUUAUGGUCUGGAAUUUCUUUGCUCUGAAGCGCUUGCAGGAAGCGGGAAGUAACGCCCAGUUCUGGUUUGAAUUGAUUGGACAGCUCUCACCCAAUCGGCGAUAGUUACUCAUAACAACAUAGCGCAGGCGUUUAACGUCAUCGUCACGAGCGCCCUCCCCCUUUCGCCCCCACCAACCCGUCUCUUCGUUUAUUGGCUGCUUUCUGGAGGGGGGGCGUUCUGUUACAAUUCUACCGAGCAGAAUGCUCCACAGAGGAGCACGGCCAGACUCGUAGUGGAGGCAAUCCUUGGCCGGAAGUACGUGGAUGGCUCGCGAGGCUAACGAGACAUACCAGUUGUAAUAAAAAUGAAAUAAGUCAGUAGUAGGAUUUUGUUCCAAUUUAUUUUCUUCCACAAGUCGAAGACUGAGCUCGUAAAUAAUAGGCCUACCCCCACCACCCCAGCUAGUUUUAGCCCCUGAGCCAAUGUUUACCUUUGAGCUAAUUAAACAGCUAUCGUUACACCUUAUUGAUCCCCACCUUGCUCUACUUUAAUCCGGCAUGAUAAAGAAUUCUCGGUUGUUGUCUGAUUGUUAGUUGAAUUACAUUUCUGAAUUCUUUCUUUUCGUUUCAUCUGGAGGUAUGACGAAGGAACUUCGCGGACAAAGUGGGUCAACAUUUCAUUACUAAUAACUCGAAUUAUUAGUAAUGAAUAAUUCGAGUUUUUCGCAGAAUCAGCAGAAGUCAGGCGUCUUCUCUCAUCCAAAGUCAUGCACACUCCAGUGAUGACUUGAGUUGGCUGCAUGCUUGACGAUUGCUGCAGUAGCCGUUGAAAUCGGCUUCAUGCUGGUAAAAAGGGUCUGAGCCGAGCGCCUAGUUAACAGCUGUCGAGCAGCUCUCUGUACUGUAGGUGGCAAUUGCGACUCAGCCGAGGACGCGUCUCAGCCGACAGCGCCACAGGUUUUACGGAAGCGGCCCGCUCCUAAUUUCUAGCUGGGCACCGAUGUCACAAUUAAUUCAGCCGACAGUGCCGGAGGUUUUACGGAAGCGGAAGCGUGUAAUUGCCAUGUUUUCCCUAUUAAAAUACAGUUAAGGAGGUCGGAGGAGUAGUCACACGACCAAGUAUGGUGAGAUAAAAUAAAACGUGGUACAUUUCUAAGCAAGAGGCAUACAUUGUGUGGUGGAAUAAAACUUGGGAGCACUCCGACCCGGUGCAGUAAUAUUCUCACUCCAAAGUGAAACUGAAAGUGCAAGAGUGAUGAUAUCAUUGCGCCGAGUCGAAGUGCUCCCAAGUGUUAUUCCGCCACACAACAAAAGUUAUCCCUCUUACCCGCUUAGAAAUGCACCACGUUUUAUUUUGUCUCACCAUACUUGGUAGUGUGACUACUCGUGUGACUGUAUGGAGAUGUUUGGUCGUUUUUAAAUUCAUGGAUCCUAAUGAAUGAACUGGGCUAGCUAAGUGCUAUCAAAGUAGCGCUGUGCGCCAGAGCACGCAUUGAAACGUGAGAGGUAUGUAUCAACUCGUCUUAGUUAAGGGAAUAACUAUGAAAUAAUAUUAAUAUGAAAAAAACUGAAAGGUUCCUUUAUCUAAAUAUCUAUUUUUACAAGCUUCAGUCGUGGGGGAAGGGGGAGGGAAGAAUCACAGAAAAAUUGUGAUCGCUUUGAUUCAAAAUGUAAUGAUUGACAGCACAAAUCAAACAUAUUUCGUCUUUUAUCUAUAUAUUUUGAUUUAUUAUCACCCUUAUGUUUUUAGGGUUGAAGAGGCGUGUGUGUGGUCCUAGUUUCACAUUGGCAAGAUCAUGCCUUAAAAAUCUCUUCAUUGAGGUCAAUAUUGUUGCGUUUUUUUCAUGUCUCUGGGAGCUAUCAGUUGUAAGAUUAUGUGUAGAUGAAUAUCUUCUUUUGUGUGUAAUCCAUUUUUUAAGUGCUUCAAUAAAUGAUGAUUGUUCAUUUUACAAAUUACACUGGUUUGUUCAACAGAACAGUGUUCCCCAAAGCAGUGGAAUCCUGAAUCAUGCUAUUGAAUAUGGUUUGUGAUAAUUGUGGUUUUAUAUAAUCAUGGUUUAUGUACAUGUACAUGAUUUUUUAAAAAUUGUAUAUUAAAAGUACAACCAUUUUAA